AUGCAGGGUCGUUUGUCUGCUUGGCUAGUCAAACAUGGGCUAGUUCAUAGAUCCUUGGGUUUCGAUUACCAAGGAAUAGAGACUUUACAAAUAAAGCCCGAGGAUUGGCAUUCGAUUGCUGUUAUUUUAUAUGUAUAUGGUUACAAUUAUCUCCGUUUCCAAUGUGCCUAUGAUGUAGCACCAGGAGGACUGUUAGCCAGUGUGUAUCAUCUUACGAGAAUAGAAUAUGGUAUAGAUCAACCAGAAGAGGUAUGCAUAAAAGUAUUUGUCUCAAGGAAAAAUCCUAGAAUUCCCUCUAUUUUCUGGGUUUGGAAAAGUGCGGAUUUUCAAGAAAGGGAAUCUUAUGAUAUGUUAGGAAUCUCUUAUGAUAAUCAUCCACGUCUGAAACGUAUCUUAAUGCCCGAAAGUUGGAUAGGAUGGCCCUUGCGUAAAGAUUAUAUCACUCCCAAUUUUUAUGAAAUACAAGAUGCUCAUUAA